GAUUCAACAUUUCCUGUGGAGAUGUCUUUCUGGAGCCUUAGCAACUACAGUACAACAUUUCCAGUUUGUCAGCGUUGUUGUUGCGGUGAUGAAACUAUUAACCAUUUACUUUUUAAAUGUCAAUUUGCUGAAGUAGUCUGGCGUUGUAUCAAUACUACAAUGGGAAGAGUAUUGAUAUUCACUGAUAAUCUUGAAGACAACAUCAAAAUGUUGAUCAAUAUCCAGCAACAACAACAUCAACCAUACAUAGUACAAUAUCUCCCCUUCUGGCUAAUGUGGCGGAUAUGGAAGUCGAGAAAUGGUUUCAUCUUUCGAAAAAUAAACCGACACCCGGCUACCGAAGCAACUAAGGCUGAACAAGAUAUCAAGGAAUGGUUCGACAAUACAAGAAAUGCAACAUCAAGCAACCAAGAACAAAAUCCAAGAAAUGGUCCUAUCACAAGAAGAAGACAAACUAAGAGAUGGAAUCCUCCACCAGUAGGUUGGUUAAAGUGCAAUUUCGAUAGUGGGUAUGUAGAAGGGAAAACUUAUACAAGAUCAGGAUGGAUAAUACGAGACAGUAACGGAACAGUUAUACGAUCGGGAGCAUCAAAACUGCAACAAGCACAUUCAGUUCUACAAGCUGAAGCCUUAGGAUUUCUUAAUGCUCUUCAGGAGGUUUGGAAUCAAGGUCUCAGAUAUGUUUGGUUCAAAGGCGACAAUUUAGAACUAAUAAAUUUGAUAAACAAGCAGCAAGAUCAUCAAAGGAUCCUACCACUACUCUUCGACAUUCGAUAUUGGAUGGCUAAGUUACCACACUCCUCAUUGGGACACGUUACACGUGAAGAGAACAAAGCUGCAGACAAACUCUCUCAUUUUGCUACAGAAAUGUUUUCUCAAUCACAAAGCUUUCAUGUAUUAUCUCGAUGGCUGACAGAAUAUUUGUAAUCCAACGUUUGAAUCAAUAAUCUGAUGUGGCUUAAUUUGAUGA